CACCUUUAAUGCGUCUCCUGGUGUUGUGCAAAGAACUGAGAAGGAACUUCGGGAACGAUCUGGGAAUAUAAGGAAGGAACUCUAAAAACUUAUAAAAUUCCAGAAAGAAUCCGUCUUGGCGACUGGUGGCAGCCACCUUCCACCUCACAAGCCACCCAAAAUAUCUUUCGAGCUGACGGAAAUGGUUAAAAGGUAUGCUGCAUCGCUGCAGAUAAAGUUGGCUGGCCUUGAGCCACAUGACAGCGACAAGAUGCAUUCGUCAGUUUCAGCAGUUCUCCAAGCUCCCCACAAUGCUGCCGUGGAGGAGUAUGUACCAGCAGUGAAUGUUGGGGGAGAAGUUGCCGCAAACCAUCCAUCAGAUAUAAGCCCACCGAAUGUCACAAGCCCAGAAAAUCCCUCAAAUCUAUCAGACCCACCGAAUCCACCAAACCUAACGUACUCACAAAGCCCACCAAGUCCACCAAACCCAACAAGCCCACCAAGCCCACCAAGCCCACCAAAUUCAAGCCUACCAACCCCACUAAAUCCAGCAAACCUACCUGGAGUUUCCACUUUGCCGACCCCACCAAACGCACCUCAAAUGUUUGCGACACAGAAGCAGCGUCGUCAGAAGAGAACAUAUUCCUGUUGCCAAGCCAGUUCCUCAAGCAGUGCCUCAUACUUCGAAGAAAAAACGAGGCUGUUGGCGGAUGAAAAUAAGCGCCGGAACGAAGUGCACGAGCAAAAAAAGGAGGAAAGUGUGCACCGCACCCAAUAUCUUAAACGCUGGGGCACAAACUGUUGGAUAAGAUGCAAAUGUUAAAGCUGAAAUUGGUCUUGGAGAAAUUGAGGAAGUCUUUAUAGACUAUGAUUGCCUCGAAUCACCGUCGUCGACUGUCAUCAGCGAAGAUAUUGUGAUGGAUUAACUCCUUCUUUUUUUAUUAAUAAAGUC